AAUGUAUCUGAAAGGGGAAAAAACAUUAUUCAUAUAUUUCCCUAACCCUACCCUGGUGUCUCUUUUCUUGCAUCCAUCGAAGAACACCGACCUUCAUCCUUGGCUCUUGCCCCAGCAUCUCGGACGUCACAGAUGACCACCGCCUCUAUUUCACAGACGACCGUCGCAGGUGUUGCACAAUACACUGUCGUUGCACAUCACUCCCAGUAUCAUUUUUGCCUGCAUAGAAACAAUGAACUUCCUUCCUCAGCCCUCUUCAAAUCGCUGACGCCUCCAGACCUCCGACCAAGUUCCACUCUGUCAUUAUCGCCACUCCGUUUUUAGGUUGCUCGAUCUUAUGAUGUUCUGCUGAAAAUUUGAUAUGAGACAAAUAUACAGAUGCGUCCAGCGUAAAAAGAAGACAUGUAUGCAAUCGAGAAAUGUGAAGAUUAAAACAUGAAAGCACUCGAUGGAACAUUGUUGAGAUGUUGGGAGGUGUACUGGAAUAAUAGAACCAAUAAUGCGGAUUAUUGGACCUUUUUCUGGCAUACAACCCUGAAAGAACUGAAAGAACACACUUCUGAGGGUAAAGCCUUAACUAUUACAACACCAAAUCAGCAACCCUUGGUUGUUGAUCAAUCAUAUACCAGCUUUCAAAGAUUGCAUUUACCCCUUCGACAAGUUGGUGAUAUGCAUUCAGGUGUAAGAACAUUUCUCGACAAAGGUAUGAUCCACCCUGACCCUGUAAAACGAAUUUUAUAUCAGAUGUGAGUCUUUUGGUUUUAUACGUGAUGAUUUAUGCAUAAUACUUUGUUUUAUUGCUAAAGACGAGAUUUUGACGCGAUUCAAUAUAUUUUAUAUUUGUAAGCAUAUGUUUGUGUGAUUUUCUUUUUGACAAGCUCAAAAGAUACUUUUACGAUUAUUACUUUGAAAGAUGUGGGGGUGAAUUUAUUAGUGGUAUUUUUGUCGAAGCAACAAAAUUUGAUGAAUAGAAUUUGGUUCGUAUGGUUAAAAGUAACAACUGAUUGUUUCAAAUUUAUGUUAGGAAAUAAUAGAAGAAAUGUUAACUUUUUUUUAGAUGCAUCUAGAGUAAAAAGAAGACAUCUAUGCAAUGGUGUAAUGUGAAUAUCGAAAAAGGGUUCUGGAAGGGUGUUUCGUGAAAAUAUAAAAUGACAAAUUAUGCAACAUCCUAAUUUGAAGUAUCGGUGGACUGUUUCCAGCGUCACUUCAAACCCUUUAG